AUGGACAACACAGACUACAGGCAGAACAUCACAGUUCAAUACUGCUUUCCUGACAACAACUCAUCUUGCAGGAAGGAGCUCCACACUCCAACCAACCUGCUCAUCCUCUCUCUGGCUGUGGCGGAUCUUCUCGUGGGUCUGUUUGUUAUGCCUGUGAAAAUACUGGAACUUGUUGACUCCUGUUGGCAUCUUGGAAAAAUAGCAUGCUCUGUUUCUCCAAUAAUCAAUGGUCUCUCAGUGUUAGCAUCACUCUGUAGCUUAAUAUUUAUUGCAGUUGACCGGUACAUUGCUAUCAGCGACCCUCUGCUUUAUUCCACAAGAAUCACAGCUUCCAAAAUGUCUAUGGUCAUAAUUCUGGGCUGGUCUUUCUGUUUGUUGUAUAUGAUCAUCUAUGUGUACUUUAAUGACCAUCUUCUACAAUCUCAGAUGUCCACUAGAUGUGAUGGAGAGUGUGUAAUGCUUGUAAAAUAUUCCUGGGUGGUAAUUGACCUGGUCAUUUUUUUUCUAGCUCCUUGCUCUGUAAUACUGGUCUUGUAUUCAAUCAUAUUUAAAGUGGCAAGACGUCAAGCUAAAGCUGUUAGAGCUGUGACUAAUGGCACCUCCUUUAAACGUGGAGCAAAAAGUUUACUCUCUGCUGAAACCAAAGCAGCAAAAACAUUGGGAAUUGUAAUUUUUGUUUAUCUUGCUUGUUGGAUACCAUUUUAUUUAAGUUCUCUGACAGUUGAAAAGGUCACAUCUUUUUCAAUAGUGUGGACUGUGUUUGGCUGGCUUUUAUACAUGAACUCCUCUGUGAAUCCACUAAUAUAUGCAAUAUUCUAUCCGUGGUUUAGAACAUCAGCCAAAUGUAUUGUAUCUUGUAGAAUUUUUGAAUCCUCAUCUUCAAAGUUUGAUUUGUUUCUAAAACGUUGUUAG